AUGUCCCCACAGUCGUCCUCGGCACAACAAGCCCCAAAUAACCUGGUCAACCACUCGACAUUGAACAACGGAGGAUAUCCCGAGCUCGCCUCCUUUUUCUCACAAUGUAGCAGGUCUCUGCACCUGCGAAGUUUUUCCGCCCUAGCAGCACGCCUUUUGCUUUACCGCCAGCAUGAGUUGAUAGUGUUGGAGAGAAGACUAAAAGCGCUUGAACGCGGGGACGCUCAAGACAAUGACCGUGACAAGCGACUCUUCUCGGAGGAUUUUGCUCCGCUCAAAAAACAGAGUCGUGCCACCGGGAUUCCUGAUACACAGUACAAGGUGUAUGAGAAACUCAAAUCAGAGAUGAGAGAAUAUGAAGAAGCACUCCUUCGCUUUGACCGCCUUGCUCAAAAGGGAUAUGAUAUAACGGAACUUGAUUUCCUCCAAGGGUUCAUGGAUGAACAUAUAACUCUUUCAGGGUGCGAUUCCAGAGCUUGGGGUUCUAUGGAGGAACCAAAAGAACAUGCACCUGAUCUAAUCCAAGUCGUGGAUCAGCGAAGCCCUAGUACGAUGGGAAGAUUAUUCCGGGAUAAGUUCUUGCUGUGGAUGCCGCGCUCUCCAAGCCUUCAGAGACUUUUGAUUGGAUCCACGAGGGCACCAGACGAAUGGGGUCACUAUAACUUCAGCAAUCGCAGGUUCGAAGUCAUCUCGUUGUUACUAGGUAAUCUCGCCACUUCGGUUUUGAUAUACGUGGCGGUGACGUCGCUAUACCUCACAACUGGCAGCGCGGCCCGUAUCGCUGGGGUGAUCAUUAUUGCUGCAACCAUUACAGCUUGCAGUGUCUUGUUCCAGAAUCAGCAAUUCAUCUCCAUGAUUUCCACGGUAUGCGCUGUCCUGGUAACCUUGUUAUUGAACGACGGCCCUCGACAGCCCCGAUCGACGCAGACUCAGUCAACAGUCGCUACCUAG